AUGACCCAACCUGCUGCCGGAGUCACAGCCAACAAGAUGCUAAAAAAGUCCACGUCGCUGCAAGGCCUAGGCAAAUGUGGCACUGAAACUAUGCUGCAGUGGACUGGGGGGCACUUUAUCUUCUGGUAUACUUACCAAGUAACAACAACAACUGAGGAACCUUGGGUUGGGACCUGGAGGCCCCACAAGCCAAGAGGGCCUAUCGCUGCACUCUAUAGUAGCCCCGGGCCAAAGUAUGCACUGCCUGGACUCACAGGCAGUUCCAUACACGACCCUACUCAUUACAAAGCACCAAUGUUCAGCUUUGGGACGCGUCCAAAGGAGGCCAAAACUAACUGCUCUCCUGGACCAAGAUACCUAAUCCCCUCCAACAUCACCAGGGAAGGCGCAGAGGGCACUCCAGCGUUUUCACUCCGCAGCCGCCCGAAGGAGACAGAAUUUUCCAAGGUUCCUGGACCAGGCCAAUAUUCCCCAGAACGUUCAGGAAAGUUGAUCUUCCGCUCUGCUCCAUCUUAUUCUCUAUCUGGGAGGACCAAAGAAGGCUACAACACCCAAACACCAGGUCCAGCCACCUACAAUCUGCCCCCAAUUCUGGGGCACAAAUCUGGGGCGGCGUCUUCAGCUCCCUCCUACUCCCUCUAUGGCCGCAGCAACACUGGAAGCUUCCACGAAGACCUGAAAAAGACUCCUGGCCCUGCUUCCUACAAAGUUGUGGAUCCCUCUAUUUACCGCCAGAAACCUCCAGAGUACAGCAUGAAAGGCCGCAACUUUGUUCCUGGUGAAAGCUCAAAGAAACCAGGACCCGGAGCACACUAUCCUGAGAAGGUAACUGUCACAAGAGCAAAAGCUCCAAGCUUCUCCUUUGGACUGCAUCAUUCCCAAUACCAGCACUCCUUAAU